AACCGCUCAACAUACUCGACGAGGGAAUCAUUCAAACAAAUUCCUUCCAGUCGUAAUUCGAACGAUGAAGAACGUAGACCGAAUCAUUUCAUUGUUGAUGCUGGCGUAUCGUUGAUAGUAACGCAAACAUUACGCCAAAUUAUUUUCCAAUUCGGUUGGUUUUUUGUUCGAUCUGUUUUUUUUCCGUUUUCGCCAAUAAAUUCGCUUCAUUUUUAUUUCCAUCAAAAUUUUCGGUUUUGCAUUUGGUUUCAACUCAGAGUAGUAAACGCAUCAAUCGGUUUUUUUUUAUCGUCGAUACGUCCAUAUAAUUGCGUGUGUGAAUGCAGAUGUUGUUAAAACUUAAUUUUUUUCUCUCUCUCUCUCUCUCUCUCUUCGUCUCGUUCGUUUUGUUUCGUGUGCUGUGUGUUGAAUUUAUACAAGAGUAAAAAAAAAAGUACCGACCAUUCAUUGGAAGUUUUGACAGUUCUUUGUAAACCAGAAAGAGAACAAAUACCAAAAACAUUGUCCGUUGCACACUAUUGGAACGAAUGUUGUGUGUUCAACGCAAGUAAAAGAUAAGCAACAAAUAAGUGAGGUUAGAGUAGAAUUUAUUUGAGUGUUUUGUUGUCAACAUAAACACAAGAGAAAAAAAAGACUUGAAAGUAGUUUUUUUUGGAUCGAAAAGAGAACGAAUUGGACACAAGCAAAAAAUAAUUAAUGGUGAAAAUAUGUCCAAUAUGAUAUCUUCGGUGUGGACGAAGACAACGAAAUAUGAUUUGUGCAUCGAAUUUGUAACUAGUGUGUAGAAAAUAAGCAAACGAAAUUCUUUAAUUUAUUUGCUGUUUGGAGUGUGCAUUGAAUGAGAGGAAAGAGAGACGCUGCAUUUAUUUUGAGAGGAUAUAAUUGCAAAAAAGUCGUGCAUUGAAACAUAAUCCAAACAAAACGGAAAAAAUGCCACAUCAGUAUGGUUUGCCGGGUUUUGCACAGUCACCACCGAGUCCACCAUCUCAGCACGGUGCGCUGUUGCCACGAAUUGGCGGAGGAGCCGUGGUGCCGGGCAGCACUGGCACCGGAUCAAUGACAAACACAAAUUCCAACACAAUGUUCCGAUUAGAAGAGGACACGAGAUUAACACGAGAAGCAAUGGAACGAUAUAUGCGCGAUCGCAACGACAAAGUCAUAGUUAUUUUACAUGCAAAGGUGGCUCAAAAAUCUUAUGGAAAUGAGAAGCGUUUUUUCUGCCCGCCACCGUGCAUUUAUCUAUUCGGCAAUGGUUGGCGCCAUCGGCAAGAGGAGAUGAUUCGAAAUGGUGAAACCGAACAGGGAUCUCAGUUAUGUGCAUUCAUUGGGAUUGGCAAUUCUGAUCAGGAUAUGCAACAGCUUGAUUUAAAUAAUGGCAAACAGUAUUGUGCCGCAAAGACUCUUUUCAUAUCCGAUUCCGAUAAGCGAAAACAUUUUAUGCUGUCGGUGAAAAUGUUCUAUGGCAAUGGUCAUGACAUCGGAAUGUUUCAUUCGAAACGCAUCAAAGUCAUAUCAAAACCGUCAAAAAAGAAGCAAUCGCUGAAAAAUGCCGACCUCUGCAUAGCAAGCGGAACAAAUGUGGCGUUAUUCAAUCGGCUUCGGUCACAAACGGUGUCCACGCGAUAUUUGCACGUGGAAAAUGGACACUUUCAUGCAAGCUCAACGCAAUGGGGUGCAUUCAAAAUUCACUUGCUGGAUGACAACGAAAGUGAAUCGGAAGAAUUCUUGGUCAAAGAUGGUUACGUGCAUUAUGGUGCAACGGUGAAACUAGUCUGUUCGGUAACGGGUAUGGCGUUACCUCGUUUAAUCAUAAGAAAAGUGGAUAAACAAAUGGCAUUGCUUGAAGCCGACGAUCCCGUUUCGCAGCUACACAAAUGUGCAUUCUACAUGAAAGACACCGAACGCAUGUACUUGUGCUUGUCGCAGGAGAAAAUCAUUCAAUUCCAAGCGACGCCGUGUCCGAAAGAGCCAAACAAAGAGAUGAUUAAUGACGGUGCUUGCUGGACUAUCAUUUCCACCGAUAAAGCUGAAUAUCAAUUCUAUGAGGGAAUGGGACCCGUGCGGUCACCGGUGACUCCAGUGCCAAUAGUAAACUCAUUAAAUUUGAACGGUGGUGGCGAUGUUGCGAUGCUUGAACUAACCGGUGAUAAUUUCACACCGCAUCUACAAGUUUGGUUCGGUGAUGUUGAAGCGGAGACAAUGUACCGAUGUGCCGAGGCUCUGCUUUGCGUUGUGCCGGAUAUUCAAGAGUUCCGUGGUGAAUGGCUCUGGGUGCGUCAGCCAAAGCAAGUGCCAAUUUCGCUAGUUAGAAACGACGGAAUAAUUUAUGCAACCGGAUUAACAUUUACGUACACCCCGGAGCCAGGACCACGUCCAAAUUGUCCACCUGCGAGUGAUGUGAUGCGUGGUGGACGCCACAACUCAGGCAACAGUAACACCAACAACAAUAACAAUACGACUAGCAAUUCGAGCGUUACUCAAAAUGCGCUGCCAUCUAUAUCGAAUGUAGCAUGGAAUUCGCAUUCCGGCCUAUCAUAGACUCCUGAGCUUUAGACACAUAUUGAUUUGUUCUUAACGAAUCAAUUCGUUUAUUAUAUUUUUUGUGGGUCAGCCACAAGAGAUUCUUUCCUUUUUUGUGGCUGACCUUCCAUCGAAUAUAUAUAUGCUAAAAAGCAAGCAUCAAAUUUGUUGAAUGUAAUUUUGUAAAAAAUAAGUAGGUAUGCGCUAUGAUCACCUAUUUUUUUUUAAAAAAUCAACUUUUAUUCACCACUCGCGUAUUUUUGUUACAAGACACACAGACACAUAUAGAUGCAACAAAUCAAUUAUUCUAUUGAAAUACUAAGAAUUUAAAUUUUGUAUUAUAGAAAAUAUCAUUUUUUUGGAUAUUGAUUAAGAAAUUUUGCAAAUUGUGAGAGAACCGAUUCAUUCUUUCUAUACUAUCUUAUGUAUGAUUUUCGUCGUAUGUAAUAAUUCAAUCAUUAGAUUUUAUAAUUUUAUUUACUCGUAUUUAAAAUCUCAAAACGUCUCAAAGCAAAAAAAAAAAAACAAAAGCAACAUUUCAAGGAACAUCUAAUAGCUUAACGAACAAAUUUGUAUCUCAUUUCUUCUAAUAUUUUCAAUUAAUUUUCUCGCAUAAAUUUUCGUCACAAACGUCAUUGAAUGUAAUUUACACCCAGAGAAUAGACAGAGAAUUCCUCAACAACAACAAAAAUGAAACUUUAAAUUUUGAUUUACACACAUUUACUGAGACUCAAGAUUCAUGUAUCGAACAACAACAACAAAUAAGCAGAACAAUUACGUUUUUUUCCCUCUUACACUUAUUAUUUGUCUGUAUUUCAUUUUGCGUCGCGAUCAACUCCAUCGUCUGAUAGAUAAGCUAAACGAAUUGUUUUAUGUUCGCUGUCCGUGGUGCAUCAUUGAAAAUAUUUCAAACGUUUUUUUUUUCUUGUGUGUUAUCUUGUAAAACGGAUGUUGUGAUCGCUAUCGGUUUACCUCGAAUCAGUUUAUUAAUAAAUUCUUGAUAUAUAUGCAAUGCACUGAAGACAGGCAGCAAACACAUGAAUGCAACAUCUCUCUUGAUGAUUUUCAAGAACUAUAAAAUACAUGAUUGUGACUUCACCGCUAAAAAUAGACUCAAUGAUAUAAUCAAACAAAUGCAAAAUUAUGAAUAUGAAUCCAUAGCAAAUGGCAGCAAAAUUUAUUUUGUUCAAUUUGAAAUAGUGAGAAAAGAAAAACAGGAGAAACUAAACGAAUUGCCAAAUUUAUUGACAAAGACGAUAGCGAAUGAGAGUGAGAGAGAAUGAAAAUUAAUCAUUUUUUUAUACCGAAUAUGAACUAUAUAUAUAUCGUAGGAAAAUGAUUCGAUUUUAGAGUAAUAAGCAUAUCAAAACACUCAUUCCUGACUGUAAAAUGAUCAAAAAGACGGAAAGAAAAAUAUUCAUUUUUUAAGAAAAAUAAAAAUACAUAAGUUUUUAAAUCAAACCAA